UUAAAAAGUAUUAAAAAGCUGAGAGUGUAAUAACACAUGAGUAAAUUUCUAUUGUUCUGAAUAGCAAUGUAUAUAUUUUUCAAGUGUUCUGAUUAGCGUUUGUAAAAUCUAUCACCAAGGUGCACCAACCCACACCAUAACAUAAAAAAGUUCGAAAAUCCGAAGGCGCUACCGAAGCCACUCUCUCUUCUAUUCCACACCGAGACUCUGUCUUUCAUAAACGCUUCGACUCGGUACGAUCUCUGACUCAGUGGGCCAAACUCAGUCCUUGCAAAUCCAACUCCAAGCUUUAUACUUUUGUCUCUGCAACUAUACAGCGUUGUUCUACUUAACCUAGGUUUCAAAGUUCCAAUACCAUCAAUUUAGCUUCGCUUCGUCAACUCCAAACACUAAAAAGUUACAACAUCUCUCUUCCACUCUUGAGAAAAGGGUCACGGUGAUUCUGAAAAUUUCAGGCCAAUGGUUUCUUGGCUUUUUUGUUUUUUGUUUUGAAAGUGCUGGGCUGUAUGAAAAAGGUGGAAUAGAAGUUAUGUUUUGUUAGGGUUUUGAGUUUGUCGUUAAUUUGGGGAUUUCCCUAAAUCGUCACAAUUCAGGUUCAGGCUACGAUUGGAAGUUCUUGGGUUUUGUUCUACAAUUUGAUAGACUGUUGUCUGAAAUUUAGGGUUUCAAUGGUGUGUCAUGUAAAUUUGUUGACUUUCAAGAGUUUUUCCUUGAUUUGAUGUUUUGGUAUGGUGGAAGCUUAACUCUCCGCGGGCUCGUUAUUGGCUCGAAAAUUUCGGGUUCACCCCAAGUUAACUUACUUUUUGGAAGAUUGCUGUAUGAAAUCUAAGGUCUCUGUGGGGAAUUAAGGUGUGAAAAAUACAGGGAAAUGUUUUAUUCUCAGUUUAUAUUGGCGAAGAAAGGCCCGCUUGGAACGAUAUGGAUAGCGGCACAUUUGGAGCGCAAACUUCGAAAGAAUCAGGUUGCCGACACCGAUAUUGGCGUCUCUGUAGAUUCUAUUCUUUUUCCUGAAGUUCCGAUUGCUCUUAGGUUGUCCAGCCAUCUUCUGCUUGGUGUGGUGAGGAUAUAUUCUAGAAAGGUCAAUUACCUGUUUGAUGAUUGCAGUGAGGCUUUGCUUAAGAUAAAGCAAGCUUUUCGCUCCACUGCAGUUGAUUUACCUCCAGAAGAAUCUACUGCUCCAUAUCAUUCCAUCACAUUGCCUGAGACUUUUGAUCUUGAUGAUUUUGAGCUACCAGAUAAUGAAAUUUUUCAGGGUAAUUAUGUUGAUCAUCAUGUCAGUACAAGGGAGCAAAUAACUCUCCAGGAUACAAUGGAGGGUGUGGUAUACUCGACAUCUCAGUUUGGAUUGGACGAGCGGUUUGGUGAUGGCGAUACUUCUCAAAUUGGUCUAGACUUUGAUGAGGACCUAUUCUUAGGCAAGGUUGCAGCUCAAGGGACUGAUGGAAUUUCAGGUGGUGAUCCUCAGGCGUUGGUCCAAUCCACAACACCUCUGGAAAAGCAUGAAAUUUAUGAGGGGAUACCUGGAACUUCAGAAGUCAUGCAAAUGAAUGGGAUUGGAAAUGAGAAUGAAGUCCUAGCUGCAAGUACUGAAAAUGUCACAUAUGCUCAGGCUCCAUCAACUCCUGGACUAUUUGAAGAGCCAAACCUGUCUGGUGUUCAGGAACCUAUGGCGUGCAAUGAUCAGUUGGAUUUGGAAGACCAUAAUUUAUCAAACUUAGCAGCAAUUCGCAGCCCAGAAAAUAUUUGUAGUGUGCCAGGUCCGCGUUGUGGGGAUGAUAGUACAAUGGUUUUGAAUGAGGAGAACGGCUACCAGUUGGGCGAUAUGGAGAUCAAGCAAGCAAAGCCACAGGAGCAUGAGCAAAUUAAACCCAUUUCUCCAGUAUUAGAAUGUGCAAAUGGGACAGUUGGUGCUUUGGAUUGUCCAAACAGGGUGGAAGAUAUAUAUAAUGGUAUUGUAAUAAACAAUGAACCUGCUAUGCUCUUCCUAGAUCAAAAGGAUGCACAAAGUGUAGAACCUGCAGUAGUUAGGUUGGAUGAACCUGUUGCAUCUCCUAGUUGCUCCCAGGUCACAUAUGAAUUGGAGGACCCUGCUCGUAAGAUUUGUUCAAAUAGUUCCUGUGCGAGAGUGUCAGAGGAUUAUUUGGAGGACCAACAGACAUCUUUAAAGCCUGAAAUACAGAAUGACGUUGAAAUUGCUAAUAAUAUAGGAGAAUCAUGCACACUUAACAUUAAAGAUUCUUUUAAUCCUCUUACUCAUGAGGAGAUGUCAUCUGCUGAAGUGCCUGUACUCCGGGCAUGCAACUCCGUCCCGAAUCAUCAUAAUAUGCUAUCUCCUGCAAAUAUUUCAGAAAUUCCUGGCAACUUACCUUCCGAGGUUGUUGGGCCAAGUUCUUUGGACAAUGCAACAUCUUUUGACAAUCAAUUUGAGAAUUUGGAUAGGUCUGCCACCUAUGACUUGCCUGCACCUGAAAAAUUGCUCUCUGUACCAGAAGGGUUCACUUCGAAACCAAGUGAUUUUCUAAUGGAAUCUACGCCUGACAAAGAAAUCAUAGGUGGGGAUGCUGGUGAUGAUACUGGGAUCAAACUCAUCUCAGGGAAAAAACGUAGUUCCACAGAAAGUACUAUGACAGUGCAGAGUUUAAAUUCAGUUGAAUCAUUUGGAGAGGCCCGAGGAAAGAGAACUGCAGAAUCCAUCCCUGAUGAUGAUGAUUUAUUGUCUUCUAUUUUAGUUGGAAGACGAUCUUCAGUUUUAAAAAUGAAACCCACUCCACUUGCACCUGACAUCAUAUGCUCAAAACGCUCCCGGACUGCUGUUCGCAGUACUGCCUCAAAGAGGAAAGUGCUAAUGGAUGAUACAAUGGUCUUGCAUGGCGAUACAAUACGCCAGCAGUUAACGAAUACUGAAGACAUACGUCGUGUGAGAAAGAAGGCUCCUUGUACUCGCCCAGAAAUUUUAAUGAUUCAGAGACAAUUUUUGGAAGAUGAUAUUUUCACUGUACCCGUACUUACUGGCAUGUCGGUGGAACUAAUAUUUCUGCACACAGAAACAUUUGAUCUAAGUAGAACCAGGGUUUCUGAAAAUGAUCAAGACGGUGCUUCGGCGGAGUUACUGAAGGAUGUAGAGGCUUAUGCCAGGCCAAAUGUAAGUAAAGAAAUUGAACCCGUUAGAAGCACUGAACCUGUAAUUGUGACAGAUGAUCUGGAAGCACAACCUGCUGGUGUUCCUAUUGAGAACGAAAACCAGGAGGCUGAAGAUCAUAAUCGAAUAUCUCAGGAUACUGAUGCUCAAGAGCAAGGGAUUACUGACCUAGAAGAAUUUAAUACUUGCAAACAUCAACCCUCAGGGGAGAUAGCUGAAAUGGAAAUUGAAAAAGAGAUUUUUGAAGUUGCUGAUCCUGUUUUAGGAGAUGUUAACAAUGUGUCAACUGAUGUUAACGUCCAGUCAAGGCUUUUGGAUAAAAAAACUGAUGAUGAAGAUGCGUCGCUGCAGAUGGACGCAUUAUGCAUGUCACCAGUUAAGAAGUUGGACGCUCAACCCAUGGAGGUGGAUGCAUCCAUGGUGGAUGCAAGUAUUCAGAAAGGAGCUGAUGCUAUUGAUGCUUUUGAGCAUACUGUUGAAAUCAGAGCAGAUGUUCAGAUACGAUUUUCUGAUCUCACUGACAACAUAAAUGCUACGCUUGCAACUGUAUCUCUUGAAACUGAAGAAUGCAAAAACCUUAGUUUUUCAAAUGAUCAACCAGUGGAAGAAAUUGGAAAUAAUGAGCAACAUAUGGGGAAUGAAACUGAGGUCCUGGAUGCAAACUUUGGUUGUGAUGACAAGGACCCAAAGUCUAGUUGCUUGCUUGGUGAUGGAGACAACAUUGCUCCCUUAAAUGGUAAGGAAAGUCUAGGUUCUCCGGAGGCUGAUCUACAGAGUGGCAUUGAAGCAGAAGUCACCGCAGAACACCCUGCAGAAGAUUUUGGUCAUUUUGAAGAUGUAGUUUUGGGAAAUGAUACAGAAUUUUUGAAUGUAGAUGAUGAUGAUAUAGCUGAAGAUGUUGAUGACAUGCCUUGUGCUGAAGACACUCGUCUUCUUGAGAACAGUGGGUGGUCUUCCCGCACCAGAGCCGUUGCCAAGUAUCUCCAAACUUUGUUUGAUAAGGAAGCUGUUAACGGGAAAAGGGUUCUUGGCAUGGAUAGUCUGUUAAAUGGUAAAACUCGUAAGGAAGCAUCAAGGAUGUUUUUUGAAACAUUGGUUCUUAAGACAAGGGAUUACAUCCAUGUAGAACAGGCAAAGCCCUUUGACAACGUUAACAUAAGGUCUCGAGUAAAGCUCAUGAAAUCAGACUUCUGAUAUCUUACCUAGGGAAGGCAGAUACUUGCAGAGGACUUUAUAGUUUAGUCUGUAUGAUGCUCUACUGAGAAUUGGGAAUAUUCUUUUCCUUCAUUAGGUAUUUUUCUUAUAUAAAAAAAAAAAAAA